AUGUCAUUGUCUUUCUUUCGAGACGUAAUCUCACACGGCACAACUGAUUACAGAGGGUGUAAUAACAGAAAAAUGGUUGCCGAUAUACGGUUGAAAGAACGUUGGGGUGGUCUCCGCCGGGCAGACUGGGGAAGAGAUAACGGUUCAGAUCCGUCAGAUUCAGCCUUGGUGCCUGGUUCAAUCACUGUCGGCCCGGAAUCUCCGCAGGAACUUGGCCCAAACUUUCUCCAUGCCCAACGUCCUCACCCAGUUCGUCUAGCUGGACGGCGAAGUGAGAAAUAUUCUACCAAGUUCUCGGGGCGCAACUCCCUAUUUGUCCUUAUCUGCAAUCUCAACCGGUUCACAAAUAAACUCUGGUCAACUCACACUGUCGCUCGAAUUCUCUAUCCGAAAGCACUAAAGUUACUCACCAUGCUGGCUUUUAAGUUCACCAUCUUUGCCGCCGACCCGGACGUUCUGAAGUCACGGUCUGCUGACAUGACAAUUUGCCGUACGCGUGGAAUCCCUAUCUCCGUUGUGAUUAUAUAUGCCUUGAGCUACUCGUAUAGGCUACCUCGGAAUUCCGGAUUCGUGGUAUUAAUUACCGACAGAGUAGAAGACAUAAAGCCACCUAGACAGCUGCAGCGUUCUGUUACGAACACACAAACGACCUCGCUCCAGCGCAAACGACUCGAAUAA